CAUGGCAACCAUCGAAUGAAGCGAACAGAAAACAACAAUCGAGUCGAAUAAAUAUCCGAAUACUCUACGCUAAAAUGGCGAGUAUUGUCGCUAGAAAGAGUCAAGAGAAGUUAGCUGAUUCUCUAUUCAAAAAAACACACUUUUGCAAACAAGAAGUGUUGAAUUUGCUGUCGAUGUUUUCUGAAGAAGUAAAACCCAAAGACAAAAUGGAUCGAACAAGCUUCAGGGAAAUCCUUCGAACUAGAUUUAGCAUGACCGACGAUAUGCUGAUGGACAGAGUUUACAGAGCAUUUGACAAAGAUACAGAUAGUUUUAUCAAAAUGGAAGACUGGAUUGUUGGGCUUUCUGUAUUUUUAAGGGGAACUUUGGAAGAAAAAACAAAAUUUUGUUUUGAGGUUUAUGAUUUAAAUGGUGAUAAUUAUAUAUCAAAAGAGGAAAUCAUGCAGCUUUUAAAAAAUACCAUUAUCAAGCAACCAACAGAAGAAGAUCCUGAUGAGGGGAUCCGUGAACUAGGUGAAAUCAUUAUUAAAACCAUGGAUGGAGACCAUGAUGGCAAACUAUCAUAUAGUGACUUUAAGACAGCUGUAGAAGGUGAUCAUCUUUUGCUUGAGGCAUUUGGUCAGUGCCUUCCAACUGAAGAGGACACAGAUAAAUUUAUUGAUGAGUUAAAAGAUGACAAGGAAAAGCAAGGAAAAGGCCCAUCAAGUUACAAACCAAAGAAUGAGAAGAAAUAAUAUUGCAAAAGGGGAAGCAAUUUUCCUAAGAACUAGCUAAAAUCUCAUUUUGCUAUUUAUAUCAAUCAGACCUGCAUAUAAAAUUAUGGGGAAUCAUGAUUGUCAAAAAAAACAAAAAAAAACCAGGUGAUUUUACAAAUUAUUUUGUGAAUCUGUAAAUAUAACUGUGAUAUGUAAUAAUAGCUGCUGGCUGACUUUGCGGACGUACUGGUCAAAAUGGCAAUGAAUGCAGACCUGUAUAAACUCACCUAUGUAAAGUAAAAGAUAAUAAAAUCUACAACCGACAACAAAA